AUGGCAUUCAGCAAAUUAUACGACAGUGCCGCCGCUGCGGUGGCCGAUAUCCACGACGGAGCUACCGUGUUGCUCGGCGGCGUUUCUGGCGCCAACGCUCCCACCGCGCUGGUGUCCGCGCUGGCAGACCGGAACCUCCGGGAUCUGACCUGCGUCUGCGACUCGACCUACUACGGGGCCGAGGCUCUGCACCGCCUGGUGGCUGCCGGCUGUGUAUCCAGGAUAGUUUCACCGGCGCCAUUUGGUCCGGGCAGCGAGGACAUUGUCCAGAAUCUUUGGCGCUCCGGCGACUUGACCGUCGAAGUGGUCCCUUGGGGAACGUUGGCGGAACGCAUGCGCUCAGCCGGCGCUGGCAUCGGUGGUGUUUUCCUCCCGGUGGGCAUCGGCACCCGCUUCGCCGAGGGGAAAGAGAUCCGGGUGAUCAAUGGGGUCGAGUGUGUGUUUGAGACUCCCCUGCGCGGGGAUUUCGCGUUGAUCAGGGCCUUACGCGCAGAUAGCGUAGGCAAUCUGGUGUACGCGGGUGCCCAGAGAGGAUGGAACUCCGCCGUCGUCUCCGCCGCCCGCGUCGCCAUCGCCGAGGUUGAUCAGGUCGUCGAAGCGGGUAGCAUAGACCCGGAACGGGUGAUCACGCCGGGCAUCUUUGUUAACCGUAUCGCCCGGGCAAGCUCGGCGCCCAUCGGAUAG